GCGCGUGCGUAGAAAUACGUGUUUGUUGUAUGAUUUUCCGAAUUUACUCUAGCUUAUAAUAUUGUUUAGGUGAACACGAUAGACAAAAUUAACAUUAAGAUGGCCCAUACAUUUCAACAAGAGUACAUGGAAAUGCCCCCUAUCACUCGAGCUUACACGACUGCAUGCGUUUUGACAACACUUGCUGUGCAACUGGACAUAAUUUCACCUCUUCAGAUAUAUUUAGAUCCAACAGCAGUAUUUUCAAAAUAUCAGGUGUGGCGCUUGGUAACAAACUUCACAUAUUUAGGUUCCAUUGGAUUUAACUUUUUAUUCAACAUAAUAUUUGCCUAUCGAUAUUGUCGAAUGCUAGAGGAGGGUUCAUUUAGAAAUAAAACAGCUGAUUUCUUCUUUAUGAUAUUGUUUGGAUGCACUUUAUUGACUGUAACAACAAUGUUAGUUCCUAUGGUGAAUCUAGUAUUUUUGGGCAGUGCAUUGACUAUUAUGCUAGUGUAUCUUUGGAGUCGGCGUAAUCCCUAUGUGAGGAUGAAUUUCUUUGGAUUAAUGACAUUUCACGCUCCAUAUCUUCCCUGGGUCUUGCUGGGAUUCUCUGUUUUACUGGGAAAUUCAGUAAUCACAGACCUACUGGGAAUUGCUGCUGGUCACAUUUAUUACUUUUUAGAAGAUGUCUUCCCACAGCAACCAGGUGGCUUCAAGAUUCUAAAAACUCCACGAUUUUUAACAUACCUCUUUGAAGGAGCCCCAGAAGAUCCGAACUACAACCCCCUACCCGAGGAUCGACCAGGGGGCUUCAACUGGGGGGAGCCGCAAAACAGACAGGAAGAUGGACAGAACUAACUCAUGACAUCAACACUCCCAUUUUGAGAAUGAAUAACUGACUGUAUGAAAGUUAGAACUGACUUCAUGUGUGUGUAUGCAAUAUCAACUGGUUUUGGCGUGUGAUAGAAAGCAAUAUUUGCAUGAUAAUGAUGAGUAUGUGAACAUGUAGGUUUUUUUGAAUGUCUUCUGUGAUAGAUAUAAUAUAUCCAGCUUUAUGUUACAAGAGUUCUAUCAUUAAAAAAUGAUCUGCUUUACAGAAUCCUGACUUUAUAUGCCUUCGAUUUAAGUAAGGUUUUGUAAAUCAUGUUUGAUUUGACAUUCAUAUUUGUUUAAGUUUGAUUCAUGCCUAUCAUUGUAAAUAAUCAUUGGACAAUUCUUCUCCUUGAAAAAAAAACCACCAAGACGUACAAAUGUUUUGAAAUAUACGGUAUGUUUAGAAUUUUGUGCAAUAACUUGUUAUUAUGGUACUAUUGUCAGUACAUAUACCGUAUAUCCAAGUGGUUUUUUUUUCUCAUGUCAGAAAAUUUGCAAAAAUAGGGAAAAUGUGUAACUUUCUUUUUAUUUGUUUCGAUAAUAUUUUGUGUCAGUAAAGUUUCUUUAAGCAAACAAUACCAGAUAUGAUUUCUACAUAUUGAAUAGUUUGCAAUGUAAAAGUGAUCAUGAAAAUUACAUCGUCAUGAAAAUUAAAUAAUAAUUAGGUUAUUUUGAAAAUGAGUUUACAAAUUUUGUGACAGACUUGUUUAAUUCAUAAAAUGAUUUUAUUUCAAAAUUGUUUAUAUCUUGUUUUUAGCUCACGGAGACGAAGUCAGGGGGAGCUUAUGCUAUACCCUCGUCGUCGGUGUCGGCGUCGGCGUCCGGACCUGGUUAAAGUUUUUGUUGCAGGUCCUGUAUCUAAGCUAUUACUUGUCCUAUCUCCACCAAACUUGCAUGGAUGAUGCAUCUGGGCCUACUUAUGGACUUGAAAGACUUGGAUGCUGAAUCUGAGUCCUAAAUUUCAGAUGCUGGAGGAGGCUAAGUUUGUUGGACCAGGUUAAAGUUUUUGUUGCAGGUGCCCUUUGAUAGCAAUAUCUAAGUUACUGCAGGUCUGUACUUCACCAAACUUGCAUGGAUGGUGUGUCUUAUGAUACUGAUGCACCAGGCAGGCUUGGGUGCUGAAUCUGAGCUAUAGGUUUCGGAUGCUG